AUAGCAGAAGCUAUAGUUUAUUCCUCGUUUAUGGAUGACAAAUUCUUGAAUAAGUUGUAAAGAUUUACUGCAUUUGACUAGUGUUUCUGAAUUUGUUUGUUACUGCGUGAAUUAUUACUAUUUCAGUUGUUACAUCGUCCCUACGUUGUGGAAGUUAUCGUAUAGAGGAAUAUCAGUGAAAUUAUAGUGAAGUCUGAAGUGAGUUUAGUCUCUUCGACAUACCUAUUUUGCAAAGCGGUUGACCACAACUACGUUAGUGUGUUGUUUAUUGAUUUGAUCAUAUCUUUCUCUAUAUUUAUUAGAAGUGAAGAUUAAAAUUAUUUCUCAGAACCAGAAUAAUAGUUAGUGACCAAGUACGUGUUUUAUAGCAUCAAUCUGGGAAACACAAUUUCAGUGAAUACAACGAUCCUAGUUACUUUUAUCUCAAAAAUAAAUCUUAGUUCUUUUGAACUUACACCGUACUCUCUUUCUUCACCAGAAACAUUGUACCUGUUGUACUUAUUUUACAACUUGUACAAAUAAAACUUUUUAUUUAGAUAUUUUUAUCUAUUUUUUAGUGCUGUGAUGAGGACUUGUCCUGCUAAAGAACGUUUUAACAUAGGAGGUUUAUUGAGUAAAAAACGUUGAAUCGUCUCUUUUAAAAGUAUUUUACAGAAAUCAGAGAUAAAAACCCAGUUUUCAGUUAUUGAGAUUCUACCUACGAACUACAACUUCACAAUUAAGCGUAUUUGUGACCAGAACUUACAUUAAAAGCGUCGAUUUAUUAUUGAGUAACAUUAAAUUAUUUCGCCUACUUCAUAGUUUGAAGUAAACAUUGAUUGAAAACUCAAUAUUCCACUUCAAAAUGCUUCUAUUUUUCUUCUGAAUUGCUACAGAAUUUUGUAGUUGAAAAACUGUUCCAAGCAUUGCUUGCUAUUUAAAAUCAAUCGGUUUCAAAUGAUUUAGACUACGUUAACAUUCACCAAUCUUCACUCAAAUCAGAACAAAAUGAUCCACAUCUGCUAAUCCAUAUUCUUUCCUGACAUACAAGUCAACUUGUUCGAUCAAUAAUAAUUAUAUUAUUCUAGAACAAAAUGUACAACUACCAGAGUUGUAUUUCUUAGAUCGCUCUGAACUUUGAUCUAUUUUCAAACAAAUAAAGCAAACUCGGUAUUUUUCCUGGUUUGAAAUACCACAACGGAAUAGACGCUUGCUAGACAGCAAGUGUUGGAAUACAAAGAUAUCAGGUUGGGUAAAAUCACGAGGAGAAAACCUUGAGCUCUCAAUAUUAUCUUCCUGAAACUCCACAACGGAGCUCUAUAAGGCUACAAUAGUUGUAGCCCACUUGCCGUUGCUAGGUUGGGUGAAAUCUCAGCCUAAUUCUCGAAUAGAACAGGCAAACUCAAGCUACCAACAUUUUUCUCUUAAAACGCAACAAAAUGACGGAGUACAAGCUAGUGGUGGUGGGAGCGGGGGGCGUGGGAAAAAGCGCCCUCACAAUCCAACUAAUUCAAAAUCAUUUCGUAGACGAAUAUGACCCCACCAUCGAGGACUCCUACAGAAAGCAAGUGGUGAUCGACGGAGAGACGUGCUUGCUGGAUAUUCUAGACACGGCCGGCCAGGAAGAGUACAGUGCCAUGAGGGAUCAGUACAUGAGAACCGGCGAAGGCUUCCUGAUGGUGUUUGCUGUCAACAGCGAGAAAUCGUUUGAGGAUAUCGCAACGUACCGUGAGCAGAUCAAACGAGUGAAGGACGCCGAAGAUGUGCCCAUGGUUCUAGUGGGCAACAAGUGUGAUCUCUCGGCUCGCGCCGUGGAUAUGAACGAGGCGAGGGAGGUGGCCAAGCAGUACGGCGUGCCGCUCAUCGAGACGUCGGCCAAGACCAGGAUGGGAGUCGAUGAUGCGUUCUACACGCUCGUGCGCGAGAUCAGGAAGGACAAGGAGCAACGAGGCAGGGAGAGGAGGAAAAAUAUGAAGGCAGCCGGUUCGAAGAAGUGCUGUUGGUUACUUUAAUUCCAAUGCAUCCAUUGGCUAUUAUCGCCAUCCAAGAGCCAAAAUUUCUGUUCGGAAGUCUUCAGGAUGGCUGUAACAACUCGAAGCGAGCAGUGCUACCAACUUCACAAUUCUCUUCUGCAGUUGCGACGGUGGAGAGGCAAGUAAUAAUAGGUAUUUGUCCCAAAAAUUCAGCUCAGUUUUCAAAAUUAAAAAAAAAUUAGUUUUUUUAUGUAUUGAGAAGUCGACACCUACUCGACGAUAAUGCAAAGUGUCUACUGAUAUUUGAAAAUCUGGUAAAUUUUUGGGAUUGUGAUCUCAUUUGUUGUAAGAGGAUGCCGUGUCCAAUUUGACACAGUUUCAAUGGAAGAGUCUUCAAGUACUCGACUAAUAACCAAAAUUGCGUGGGCCACCUGCAGUAGAAGUCGUCAAUCCAAUGCUACCAACUUCAGCGUAAAUAAUAUCAACAUUGACUGCCAACUGUUGCAUGACUCAGUGCUGUGAUUAUUGAUAGUUAUUAUUCUAAGGGCUGGUGGCAUAAACGUUGAUCAAUUUACUGAUAUAAAUUUUCAAGGCAUUUAAUAACUCGAAUCAGUUGAACAAUUGGAUACUAGCCCACUACCAAAAUAUCAAUUUAAUUGGAAAUGAUUAUUGAAAAAUAAUCAUUGAAAACUGUAAAAUAAAUUGUUAUUCAAUAAUAAUUAUUACAGUGGAACUUGGUUAUAGCCCAACGUCAUUUAAGGGACCACACAUUCAAUGACGUGAUAUCAGUGUGACACUAUGAAACAGGUUUCAAAAUCUUAAUUUUAAACAGAGGAAAAAUUAAAGUAAUAUUGUUUUAUAUGGAAAACACACUUUUAAUAAACGUGAUCCAGGAAAUACAUACUUCACUACAGUAUAACUCAAUCUUAUGAAAAAAAAAUCAAGUUUAAAAAUCAAAAUAUCUGUCUGGCUAUGUUGCCUUCUCAGUUCUCGGCCCAAUGUACUUGACGUUAUAUAAAAGGUUUUAUAAUUCACUGAUGAUAAAUCCGAGGUUUUCACAAUUAUUCAUUUAUAUGGCUUUUAUCGGAAGAGAGAUCCUUUUGGAUGUUCUGCCUUGCCGUAUUACACAAUGUCAUUUCCUAUUUACACUCAAGUUUAUAGGUUAUAUAUUGAAUUCUUCAAGUUUUAUCACUACAAAUUUACACUUCCACUUCCUGUGUUUCUAUUCUAUAAAGUUUAAAAUUGAAAAAAAACUUGAGUUAUUCCUAAACACAAAUAAAUAAAUGUUCUCAAUUUUUAACUUUAUAGAAUAGAAACACAGGAAGUGGAGGUGUAGAUUUUUAGUUAUAUAACUUGAAGAACCCAAUAUAUAACCUAUAAGUUUGUACUUUUCACAAUGUGAAGUACUUAUAGUUUGGGCUACCUAUAAAUAAAUGACGACGUUAUAUGCGUGUUGACGCUACAGCCGAGGCUGCAAUAACCAAGUUAAAUCAGUUUUAUACUCUGAAUAAAAUUGGUUGAGGUGUGAACUUCCAAUCUGCAUAGACAGAUGGUGUGAAAUUGAGACUUUUCCGUGCAUUUCCAGUGUGACAAUCCUGUAUAUCGGCUAAAGCCAGCAGUGCUAUAUCGCAUUAAAUAUACUCUGUCAUUCGGGCUCGCUUGAUAAAGUCUCUACAUUUCACACUAUGUAGCAGUGUAACACUCCAAUCAUAUAAGUCAAGUCAAUUUAUAUAAUCGACUUCAAUUCAAUUGAAGUCAAGUAUUAAAAACUUGAGAUGUAUACUAACCGGGAAGCGAUUUGGUUUCGUGGUUGCGCUGAUAAGCUAUCGAUAAGAUAGGUUAAGCUCCAUACGCCUGCUACUUCGGUUGUAAGGGUGAUCACUUCCACUCUAUACACCACUGAAUGGUGCUGUAUACAGAGUUCAAAAAUCGCUUCCCGGUGGUAUGGAACCCACUCAUCUCUCAUCAUCAUCAGUUUCAUUACCCGAGCACAAGCCUAGA